AGGCCACUGGGAGUGCAGACUGCCGGGCAGACCUUACCCAGCGCCUGAGCAGGCAGCCUGCUCUGAGUGAGACAGGCCUUUGCCCGACACAUGCAGGCAGUGGGCACUGCCAACCCAGACGCCUUUCCACAUACCCAGCCCCGGAAGGAUCCUGCGAGCCCAGCCAGGAGCAGCACAAAGACCUAGGAGCCAGAAGGUGACAGCAGCCUCAGGUCCCGAAGCAGCCGUUGCCACCAGCUUUGCCCUUCCCCUCGAGGCCCAUGGUCGUCCAGGACAGUGCAGACCCUGGGGACGCCCGGGGGGGUGUGCGGCUGGAGCCCUUCCUGCACCAGGUCGGGGGCCACCUCAGCGUGCUGCAGUACGAUGCACACACGGUGUGCAAGCCCCUCAUCUCCCGCGAGCAGCGCUUCUACGAGGCCCUGCCGCUGGCCAUGAAGCGGUUCACACCACAGUACAAAGGUACUGUCACCGUGCACCUCUGGAGAGACAGCAGAGGCCACCUCAGCCUGGUGGCCCACCCCCAGAAGGAGAACCGGGAACACUUCGAGGUGUCCCCAGAGUCCACGGCGGUGACCAUGUGGCAGACGCUCCAGCAGACCACAGGCAGUGGUGCGGGCGCCCGUCCACUGGCCCAGUGGCAGCACCAGCAGCGGGCACUUGUGCUCCAGGAGAGCCCCACCAAGGCACUGCUAAGGUCCGAGUUCCACUUCAGCACCCAGAUGUCCUCGAGGAUGGACGAUGCCCACGGGAGCCAGGCAGAGAGGAGGGGCUUUAACCCGUGGGGCUUGCUCUGCCAUCAGGCCCACCUGAGCCGCCUGUGCACAGAGUACCCAGAGGACAAGCGGCACCGCUUCUUGCUCCUGGAAAACGUGGUGUCGCCAUACACGCAUCCCUGCAUCCUGGACCUGAAGAUGGGGACCCGGCAGCACGGAGACGACGCCUCGGAGGAGAAGAAGGCCCGGCACAUGAGGAAGUGCGAGCAGAGUACCUCGGCCUGCCUGGGGGUGCGCAUCUGCGGCAUGCAGGUCUAUCAAACUGAUAAGAAGCACUUUCUCUGCAAAGACAAGUACUAUGGCCGAAAGCUCUCGGCAGAGGGGUUCCGUCAAGGCCUCUGCCAGUUCCUGCACAACGGAGCCCGCCGGCGCACGGAGCUCCUGCAGCCCAUCCUGCAGCGGCUGCAGGCCCUCCUCACGGUCAUCAGAGCCCAGAGCUCAUAUCGGUUCUACUCCAGCUCUCUCCUCAUCAUCUAUGACGGGCAGGAGCCACUGGAGAUGACCCCAGGUGGCCAGCAUCCUCCGGAAGCUCCACAGAUGGCCAAGGUUGACGUCCGGAUGAUCGACUUUGCUCACACGACAUACAAGGGCUCCUGGAAGGAGCACACCACCUACGAUGGGCCAGAUCCUGGCUACAUUUUUGGCUUAGAAAACCUCAUCCGGAUCCUGCAGGACAUCCAAGAGGGGGAGUGACGCUUCCUGGGACUCGACGGGACUCUCCACAGAUGGAUGAUGCAAAGGAUCUGCCGGCAGCUAGGUCACCCAGACGCCCGUUAGAUGUCUUUGCGAUAAUCAGAUCUGCCUUCCCAGCCGUCCCCACCCUUGGCAGGUGGCAGGCACAGCUGCUCAGGCCACGUGCCCCUGAGGCAGCUUCACCCACCCUGGUGGCUCCGGUGGUGCCGCCCAUCAGUCAGCGCCGGGCGUCGCUGUGUGCGUGAGUCAGAGGCCAGCACUGAAGUCACAGUCUGGAGAGUCUGCUGCGGGAAGGCUCUUGGCGGAGCCCAAAACCCUCCAGACAGAAGCCGAAAACAUGAGUUCCUGGGUAACACGUGAGGCUUGCACUUCUGUGGGCUGACUGAGCUAAUGGAUGUCUCCACCUUCCUACCAGGAGCCAGAGGUCGGGCAGCUUGGGCACAACAGAUUGACUAUCUGAUCUGCUUCAUGCCCAGCUUCUAACAGACAAGGACCCGGGCUGGGCAUAGCUCAGCUGCAGGGCAGGUGCUUUGCAUGUGUGACGCCCUGGGUUCAGCACAGCAAGUAAUAAUCAUAAUAGUGAUAUAGAUACAUAAAUGGCGGGCAUGGUGAUGCCCGCCUGUAAUUCCAGAUUCAGGAGGCAGAGGCAGGAUGAUUGCUGUAAGUUCGAGGUCAGGCUGGGCUACACAGUGAGUUCAAGGCCAGACUAAACUACAUGGUAGGGUCCUGUCUCAAAAAAGGCCAAAAGUAAACAAAAGAGUAAAUGGACAAGGCAAAGCCCAGGCCUGAACCCUGGUCGACUCAGAUCCAGAUUCCCCACUUCCUGCCUAGGGGGAGGACAGUCUUCACAGGUGUCUUGGUGCCCGCUGGAGAUGAUGAUUCUGCCACAUGGUGACCAUGAACUGACCCUGACCGUGAAAGGCAGCUUCCGUAGUCUCCAAUUGCGAUUUAUUUCCGUGGGGUUGGGACGGAGGAGUCACAAGAACCUGGAGCAGCCAGGAAUCCAGGAGUGAUGUUUACAAGACUGGUGGACAAGUGUGAGUCCGAGAUGAGAGCGAACAGCUCUAAUUAAUUCCUUCUUCUGUGGUGUGAAACCCAUUACAAUGCCCUUGAGUCAAGCCCUGGGAUCCGCGCCCCAAUUAGGGAAAUGAAUUUGUUAAUAAAACUGCUGAGGUCACCAGCGAUGACUGGCGGGCCUUAUCACC